GUUUGGGACAAUACGUGUUUAUUGAUAUGAUGUUGGUUUAUUACUUAUAUUUGUUCUCCCCUCUUAGUACACCUAUGUAUAUGUCUUAACGUGUUUUAUAAUUGCACAUACUGCACAAAUUGUUAUUUUUUUGCUCAAUGAAUUGGAUACUAAAUGAUACCCACACGGAAACGAAUUUUUAUACUUAUCUUCUUAAUUGUCACACUAGGACUUUUGCUGCGAAUUCUACUCUUUCCCCAGCAAUUACUGGUUUUAAAGGAGGAACCAAACUAUCGCAGGGCGUCGGGAGGAGCCCCACUACCCGUAUUAGUAACAGUAUUUUAUGAAGCCCUUUGUCCGGACUCCAAAUACUUUAUUACCAAGCAACUGCUGACCGCGUACAAAGUCGCUGCCCCGAUUAUGGAAGUGCAGCUUGUGCCUUAUGGCAAGGCACACACGACAACAGACGAUGAAGGCAAGUUGAUAUUUGACUGCCAACAUGGUCCGACGGAAUGCCAAGCGAAUACUUAUCAUGCAUGCGCUGCAGAAGUGAUUGAUGAUCCGCUAAUUCGCUUGGAAGUGGUCACCUGCAUGAUUCGAGACAAUCGUAUUCCCAAAGAUGCAAUGCAUAAGUGUGCCAAGCAGUACAAUGUUGAAAAUAUUGAUCUUAUACAGAAGUGCUUUGAUAGCGACCACGGCUCCGAGUUACUGAAACUCAACGGAGAUGCAACAAAUGCACUGCGACCACCAGUUAAAUUUAUUCCAACAAUAACAAUAGAUGGUUCGCAAGGCAGACAGGAAUCCAUUCUAAAGGACUUACUUUCCGAAGUUUGCAAAGCAACUGGAGGCUCGGAGGCGGCAAAGAGUAUUUGCAAAAAACUCUAGUUCAAUAUUUCAGAAAUAUAAUUGUUAA